AUGCUGCUGUCAGCACUACUCAUUGGGCUUGCCCAUGGGUACGCCGGUACCUGUCGUACUAUUGACCAAUCUCGAUGGUCAACCGGAAUCACCACUGCUUGGGGAGGAGCCGAACAGGCCCAGCUCGCGAUUGAUUUCGAUAACAGCAAUAAAUUCGAAAACUUCGUCCUCAACGAUGAGACCUACAUUCUGGUCCAUUUCCUUGUCGACGUCAACAUGUUGACCGUCAACCCUCACUACCCAACCAACCAGGAUUGUCUCCAGGGCGUCCCAGCUGGCCAAGAGAACACUAACGGUUGUACCGACUGCGUUUGCGCUACGUGCUCAUGUGGAUACGGUUUCACCGAGUCCAAGGUUCUCUACAUGGAAGUCGAUGAUGACGAGUCAGGUCGAGAUAUCCAGAAUGGCAACCCAUCUCAAUACUUCGAGUUCCAGCUCCUCAACAAGCCCGUCAGUUGGUUUUACAUCGAUGCUGUCGACUUUGUCGAGGUCUGCCAGGGUAUUUCUCCAACCAUCACUGGUACUACCGCCACCAACUCUCCCGAAGAUAUCGCCACCCCAGAAGACAUCAAGGCCGAGCUCAAUCCCGGCUACGCUCAGGGCAACGUCCACUCUCUUGCCACCUGGCGACGAUCUAUGACCCUCCACUUUGCCGUCGAGGGCGCUACUCCCGUCCGAGAGAACGAUUACGUCCUUGUUUCUUUCGAUGGUGAAAUCAGUAUCAUUGACUUCUGGUCUCCCUUCAAGGAAGUCGUUCAGGUCGGAGAUCUUGCCAACGAGAACGUCUGGCUCUUCCGAUUUGAUGCCGACUACAACAUUGUCAAAUCAGGCGGCGGCGGAAACUGGUAUGGUAACAUGCAUCUCGGCUUUACUGGUUCCAACUGGCAGCGACCAGCCGUCAACUGGGUUUGCGUUGUCGAAGAUCCUUCAAACAAGGGUGGUGCCACAACGACCACUACUACCACUACAACCACCACUACACCACCAACAACGACCACUACAGUUGCUGCUGAUCCGAUCAAAUACCCUCUUUACUCUGGAACCUGCUACUCAGGAAACUGGACCUGGUGGGAGAACACCGACACUGUCGAUGACGGAAUCGAUCAGGAACUCUAUUCUAACUCAAUCAUGCAAUGCCCGUACCCACAGAUUGCCGCAAUGAAGAUGAUGGAUCUCGAAGACCCUGAUCUCACCGAGACCUUCCAAGUCAUUGAUAUCGACUAUGAAGCCGGAUCUGGAACUUGUGAUAACGCCAACCAAGAUCCUUCUGAUCUCUGUCACGAGUACAUGGUCAGCUUCUGCUGCGAAGACUGCUGCCCACUCCUCGAAGUCACCGCCCGAGACGACAACCCACCAGAGCUCAUUGAAUACUAUGAGAACUACCCAGGUCUGUACAAGCUCCAGACCGACCUUUUCAACGACGCCAUUACCUACCGACAAGUUCUCGGCAAGGACGACAGCGGCAAUGACGUCUUCGGCGAGGGUAUCAUCUACUACUGGGAAGAUGUUGGAUGGCUCUUGGGCGCCAACACUUUCACAUACUCCUACUACUCUGACGGAAUUGGUGAGCGAUGCCCACAAUUCGCUCCAAAGAACUGGACCAACCGUGUCUACGGUACCGAGCUCAAUGUUGAGUGUAUCCCAGUUGUCCCAUCUUGCAAUGACGUCGAAUGUGUCGAGAAUGCUUUCUGUGUUAUGACUGGCUGGGGCCCAGAGUGCAUGUGCAUUCCUGGCUACACCAAAUACGAAGAUGGAUCCUGCCUCAACACCACUACCGACUCUGUUCUCUACGACGGUCUCUGCACUGACGGAUACGAAUGGGGAGAUUGGCUUAACAUGGAUGACCCACAAAAUGACGGUGAUUGGGAAACUCUCCGAAUGGCUGAUAUGACCCAGGCUUGUAUCAACCCCAAGGCUGUGGAAGCUCAGCGAGUCGACGCUUCCGAUACCACCCCAAUGGUCGCACAUAUUUCCCGAGAACUCGGAUUCUGGUGCAUCAACAACGAGCAAGCUGGUGGUCAAUGCAUUGACUACGAGGUCCGAUUCUGCUGCGAGAAAUACUCCGCUGGAAGCGACUGCACUGAAGAUGGUUAUGCCUGGACUGAAUUCCUUAACCAAGAUAUUCCAUUCGAUUUCGGUGAUUUCGAAACACCAACCUACUGGGGAGAAGCUGAUGUCUGCGCCAAGCCUGUCGGUGUUGAAGCUCGACCAGUUGCUGGAACUACUGGCUCUACUGAAAUCACUCACAUCGACGCCGAAGAAGGUUUCUGGUGCAUCAACGAGGAGAACCCAACUGAUUGCGCCGAUUUCGAGGCUCGAUUCUGCUGCCCAGCUGUCAGCACUGAAGCUGAUGCUGAUGGUUGGUACGUUGUCAAUGAAGGUGAGUGCACUGACCGAACUAUGAGCUGGUCAAACUGGCUCAACGCUGACGAUCCAGCUGGUGAGGGUGAUUACGAAACACUUGCCAAGUUCAACCGAUUGGAUGUCUGCGGAAACCCAACUGGUGUCCAGGCCCGAACUAAAUCUAACGAGACCGAUGCCAUUCAUCUCAACUUGGAGUCUGGCUUCUGGUGCGUGAAUGACGAAAACACUGAUGAUGGCUGUGCUGACUAUGAAGUCCGAUUCUGCUGCCCACGAUUCCGAGUUGGAACUUGUGAAGGCCCACAGGCUUCCUGGACUGGCUGGUACAACGACGAAUGGAACAAGAAGAACGAGCGUCUCUGGGUUUCCAACAAGCAGGAACUCGAACUCAACCAGAUCUACGGUGAUGGUGGAGCUUGCAAGUCACCAACUGGCGCUGAAGUCCGAGUCCGACCAACUGGAUCAACUUCUUUCCAGAACACCAUGUGGGACUACUCCUUGAACCUCAUCCAGCAUCUUGACCUCGAUGGAUACCGAUGUUACAACGACGAGCAGCUCGACACCGCAGCUGGUGGCAAAUACAAAUGUAGUCUUGUCUACGGAUCCUGCGAUCAAGAUGGCUAUGAAUGGUCCGACUGGCUUAACGAUGACACUCCAUCUGGAGCUGGUGAUUAUGAAACACUCUCCAAGUACUCCGGCAACGAAGCUUGCGCCAACCCAAUCGCUGCUCAGGCACAAGCUACUGAUGAUGGCUCUGUUGAGUACACUCAUAUCGACACUACCAUUGGUUUCUACUGUCUCAACGAUGAGCAGAGCACUGGACAAUGUGCUGAUUUCGAAGUCCGAUAUUGCUGCCCCAAGAUGCAGGUCGGUACUUGUAACGUCAAGGGAUGGGAAUGGACUCCCUUCUACAACGUUGAUGAUGCUUCUGGAACUGGUGACUGGGAAAUGCUCCACAACCUUGAGCCAAACCAGGCUUGCCUUAACCCAAUGGGAGCAAAGGUCCGAGAUACACAGGCCGGCUACUACGGUACUUCCGAUGCUGUCACUCAUCUUUCUCUUGAAGGAUUCUACUGCUUGAACGAGGAACAGCCAAGUGGUAUGCCAUGCGCUGACUUCGAAAUCUCUUUCUGCUGCCCAACCGACGAGACCAUGACUUGUGAGACUGCCGAAGAAGAAUGGUGCUCUGAGAACGAGUGGUGCCUCGAAACCAAAGACGGCCCAGUCUGCAAAUGUGGUGAUGAUGAUUUCUCCGUCGACCCAGACAGCGAAGAUUUCACCAAGUACGAGGAUGGCGAGUGUCUUGCCAAUGUCUCUCCUUACCCAGCAAUCAAUGGCAACUUCACUAUGGAAUGGGGUUCCUGCACUCAGUACGGUCACGCCUGGUCCAGCUGGUUCUCUCUUGACACUGCUGAUGCUGAGGGUGACUUUGAGCUCCUCUCUAGCUUCGAUGCCCAUCAGAUCUGCGCUAAUCCAACUGGUCUCCGAGCUCAGGCUCUCGAUACUGGUCUUGGUGCCUGGCCAGUCCAUGCCGAUCUUGACAUCGGUUUCUGGUGCGUCAACAGCGAGCAGGACGGUGGCGCUUGCGAGGACUUCUCUAUCCAGGUCUGCUGCCCAGUCUUUGCCACUGGCGAUUGCCCAACUGGCUACAACUGGACCGACUGGUACAACAAUGACGAUCCUCUUGAAUCUGGUGACUGGGAAAUGCGAAGCGACGAUAUGUGCGCCAAGCCAGCUGCUCUCCAGGUCCGAACUCUUGAUGGAAGCCCACUUAACAGCAUUAUCCACAUGGACAAUGAUGUUGGAUUCUGGUGCAUCAAUGAGGAAAAUAUGCCAGAAGCUUGCAACGACUACCAGGUCUCUUUCUGCUGCCCAGAGCUUGACCAGGGCGAGUGCACUGAAUACGGUCACACUUGGGGAUCAUGGCUCGAUUCUGAUGAUCCAGAUGGACAGGGUGACUUCGAGACCCUUAACGGCUUCACCGGAUACCAAGUCUGCGACGCUCCAACUGGCAUUAUUGCUCAGGGCAUCAACGGUACUGACUCCCCCGACGAGAUGAAACGAGUUUCUGUCUCUGAAGGAUUUGUUUGCAUGAACGACGAGUUCGAUACUUGCUCUGACUUUGAGGUCCAAUGGUGCUGCCCUAAAUGGGGACACUCUUCCAACGGCGAUGAUCACUGCAUGCUCAAGGGCUUCGAAUGGACUCCGUGGAUGAACGAAGAUUCUCCACUUACCGGAACUGGUGAUUGGGAAACUAUUCAGUCUCAGUCCGAACUCAAGGUUUGUAGCAACCCAACUGCCAUCCAGGCCUACCCAGCCAGUGCUGGUGCCACUGCCAACACUCACAUCGAUGUCGAAAUUGGUUUCUGGUGCCUCAAUGAGGAGAACGCUGCCGACUGUGCCGACUUCGAGGUCCGAUGGUGCUGUCCAACUUAUGACGACUUUGAGUGUGACGAAGAGGGUUACGAGUGGACUGAAUGGCUUGAUCGAGAUGAUCCAAUCGGAGAAGGAGACUACGAAACACGAUUCUCUUACCCACAAGGAUCCGUCUGCGAAGAUCCAAUUGCCAUCCAGUCUCAAGCACGAACUGCUGGUUCUACCGCUUUCACUCACGUCGACCUUGCCUACGGUUUCUGGUGCGAUAACUCUGAGCAGCCAAAUGGUGCUCAAUGCGCUGAUUUCGAGGUCCGAUACUGCUGCCCUAAGAUGAAGGAGGUCGCUUGCGACGCUGAAGGUUAUGGAUGGACUGUCUGGCUUGAUCGAGAUGAUCCAAUUGAAUCUGGUGACUGGGAGAACAAGGAUGGUUUCCCAGCUUACAUUGUCUGCAAGGACCCACUCGCUGUUGAGGCCGCUGUCGUCACUGGCUCCACCGGCUCCACUGCUGUCACUCAUCUUGAUAACGACCAAGGUUUCUGGUGCAUCAAUGAUGAACAGCCAAAGGAUGAGGUCUGCGCCGACUUCGAGGUCCGAUUCUGCUGCCCAAUCGAAUACACCAACCCAUGCCCCAAGCCAGAGGCUCUCGUGUCCCCCAACUCUCAUAUCAAGUACAACCCAAGCACCUACGCCUGUGAGUGCGUUUGCGAUUACGGCUACACUCGAGACUGGUCUGCUGGUCCACCAAUUGACACUUCCUGGGCUUGCGAGAACGACGAACAGACUUGCAUCAAGAUGUUUGCUCCAGAUACCUAUGCUAAUGCCGAAGCUCACUGUCAGCUCCUGACUGGUCGAAUCGUCGAAGUUCCUAAUGGCGACUACAUGCAAUGGCUUGAUAACCUCGGUCUUACCGGCUACUUUGUCAACCCCGCCAAUGUUGACUACUCUCGAUGGGGACCAGGUCAUCCAAAUGACGCCGCUGGCUUCGAAUGCCAGAUUGUCGAUACUGAUGGAUUCUGGCGAUCUGUUGAUUGCGCUACCGCCACUCAUGCCUACGCCUGCCAGGUCGAUCAGGAGCCAAUUGUCUGUGUCAAGGAUGUCGAUCCAUGCGUCGCUACUUCUACUUCCUGUGUUGACUUCAACAUUUGCCUCAACGCUGACGGAUUCCUCACCAACCUUGCCACUCUCGGUCCCUUCGCUGGUGAGCCAGAGAAGGUUAAAUCCUACCAAGUUGGAUGUGCUGACCCAGAUGCCAUCCCAGCCACCAACGCUGGAGGAACUGAUGGAGCUAUCCACUGCAUCUGUGACGGUAAAUCCGACUGUUACUGGGAAUCACCUGACUUCCUCGGAGAACUCACCGAAGAAGAGAUGUGCAUUACGGAUACAACAUGCCCAGUCAGCAUGUUCAAGACUUACACCGGUGAACUCCAAUUCCUCCGAAACAGCUUCAUCAACGAUCCUCUCCACAACACUCUCCAGGCCGAUCUCUGGGACUUCGAGAUGGCUGAGGUUCUUGGCCGAAUCGAGACCACUGCUCUUGCCAACUUCGAGUCUGCUGACUGGGACUGGAGCCAGGGUCACUACUUGGUCGUUGUCUGGCCUUCCACUCUUGAGGAUAACAACAUUCUCUCCGUCUACCCAUACGGAGACUACGUCGACCCAGGAUUCACUUCUGAGUUCGGUGAUGGUGCCGUCCAAGUCUGGGAGACUCACUACAACCCACUUGUCCUCCGAGAUGGUACUGCUCGAGAUAUAACUACUAGCAACAUUGAGGUUGUUCUUGAUAUCCGACACACCAAGGAAGCCGCUGAUAUCGAUGAUCUCCUUGUUUUCCGAAUCGCUAUGGUCCCCAAGACCUGGCGAGACGCUUACAAUGAUCUUCAGACUACUACUGUCGAGGGUCUUUCCAACUGCUUGAACCACAUGCUCGACGACAAGGCUAAGUUCCACCCAUCUCUUCGAUCUCACCGAAAGCCAGUUUCUGCUCCAGUCAAGCCCGCCAAGCCCGCCAACAAGGGACCAUCGGCCAAGCCACAGAAGAAGAAGAAGUGGCAGAAGAAGAAGAAGAUGUCCAAGGGCGAAUGGGCUGCCAAGCAGGCCAAGCGACAAGCUCGACUCAACGGACAAUAA